CUAAUUAUUAUAGUUCAGGAACAACUCACAUACAUACGAAAAUGUCACCACUUACAGUUUUUGCUCUCUUCGUACAGGCUUGCUUGAUUCAGUCCGUGCUAAGUCAGUCCUGCGGAUACCCUCAACUUCCCUACGGGUCCGGAUUGAGCGGACUCGGCGGUCUCAACAGCGCGAGUCCAAGCGCGCCCGCACCGCCCCCCGUGCCCACGCCGCCGUGCGCGUCGUACGGCGGCGUGGGCACCGGGCAGGUCGGCGUGUCCGGCGACAUCGACGCGAGCGGCCAGACCGUCGUCGUCGGCUCCGUGCCCGUGCUCGGCUCCGUCGACUUCAACGGCACCGUGACGGCGUCCGGCUCCGUGUCCAUUUCUGGACAGUGUGGAUGCGGGUGCAAUGCUUAAUUUAAAU